GUGCAGGAGAGGGCGACGACGAUCGACGCCCUCCCGGACGAGCUGCUGGCGGCCGUGCUGGCCCUCGUGCCCCUGUACAGAUCGGACGGCAGCUCGCUGCUGGAGCUGCGCCUCGUCUCCAAGAGGUGGAAGCACGUGGUGCGCAGCGAGGCGGUGUGGGCCCACCGCAGCCUCUCCAUCACCUCCCUGCCGCGCAGCAGCAACAUGGCGGCGCUGCGGCUGGUGCCGGCCAUUCGCUCUCUGAAGCUGGAGGCGCGCCUGGGGAAGCCCCUCCUGCGGCUGCGGCGGCUGGCCGACACGGAAGAGUGUAAGAUAAUGGAACUAACCGUGUCGAUACAGCUCCACAAACAAAGUGCAGAUCUCCUUAGCGAGACUUUGCAACGGAGGCGGCUCCAACUUCGCGAUAUUGUCUUAAGACUAGUACUCAGUAAAGCUACUAGCGACCCGAGUCCGGUACUUGCGGCGCUUGAGCGCCUUCCGGAGCUACGGAGGCUCACUAUUGAUAGUGAUGACGGGCGCAAGAAGCCCCGUGUGGUGAAUUACCAAUUCAAUAACUUUCAUAAGCUCCAGUUCUUGUACCUGGGAAAGAACCUGAGCGAAAACCUGGUAAAGUCAAGUAUUCAGGCCGCUAAAAAUACGCUUCGCGAGGCGUACUGUUCGGAAACCGGCCUGGACGUUGGGCAGGAUGUGGCGUCCUGCCCCCUGGUCACGACGACAUCUUUCCAGGUGGGGCCUGGGUUGGAGAAAAUUAGAAAGGGGCAAUCAUCGGCACUGGAGACCCUGACAGUCAUCUGCCGUGAUCAAUACCAGCUCCAGCAGCUUUCAACGUUCCUGGAAAACCCGGAAGGUCUCCCGUGCUGGAUAGACGUGAAGCUCGACCUGGAGGAGCCCGACCAGUGCCGCGCGCUGCUUAGGGAAGCGGGGCCCAGCCUCCGCGGGGUGAAGACGCUCUCCAUCAAGGGCGCCGCGGGCGUCGAGGCGCGCGAGCUCGCCAUGGUGCUGCUCCACAUGGCGAACCUGGUCAGCCUGGAGCUGUCCGACUCGGGGCUGGACAUGGGCCAGCUGGUCGGGGCGCUGACGGCGCUGCACGCGCCCGCACUGGAGCGGCUCAAGUUCAGAGGCACCGGCUCGAUGCGGUGGGUCCGCGAUUUGCGCCUGCUGCGACCGGGGCUGCGCAUAGACGUGCCGUACGCGUGAAGCAGUCUUCCAGCAACGGGGGAUGAAACUGUUCGUUCUGGUACGACCUGUGAUACUCCUUGUUACCCCACACUCCUCGCGUCACUAGUGUGAGUUUGAGGUGCUGCCUUGUGCCCGCCGUAUGGUAUUUUCUCAGUGAAAAUUGUUUGAUUUGUAUAGAUACUUAUAUACUUAAUGCUAUUUUAAGUUCUUGUUGCGUUGUACCAUAUAGGGCGGUAAAGUUGGUAAUCCCAGUUAAAUUAUUACCUAGUUCCAACCAUAUAUUAUUCCAUCAGUGCAUUGAUUGAUUUGUAUUAAUACUACUGUACGUAAUUCUUAUUUUAAGUUCUUGUUGCUUUGUACAGUACCAUAGAGGGUGGUAAAGUUGGUAAUCCCAAUUAAAUUAUUAUCUAGUACCUACCAUAAGGAAUUCCCUCAGUGAUCAAUGAUUGAUUUGUAUUUAUACUAUUGUACUUAAUUGUCAUUUUCAGUUCUUGUUGUAUUGUACCAUAGGGCGGUAAAGUAGAUGAUCCUGAUUAAAUUAAUAUCUAGUACCUACCGAUACCCUCAGUGAUUAUUGAUUGAUUUGUACUUAUUGUUAUUUUAAGUUCUUGUCACGUUGUACCGUAUAGGGCAGUAAAGUUGGUAUUCCCUACAUUAUUAUUGUAUUAGACAUAAUUCCAGGGAACAUUUUACAACUGUUGCCAUAGUUCCUGCUUGCAAAUUUUGUAGCAUGUUACGUUAUAUUAUUCUGUAGAAGUGAGCAUCGAGAUAGAAUUUAGAGUGUGCCAAAUGAUGUUUUACUUUU